GAUCGAUUCGGUCAUGGCGACUCCACCGAAGAGAACGUGCCGACUUCCCGCCAGUCCCACCGGCAGCUUCACGCGCAGAGAGAAGAAGAUCUCCAUCGAGGGAAACAUCGCUGCAGGAAAGUCGACGUUUGUGCGUCUCCUGGAGAAGACAUCGGAGGACUGGGAGGUGAUUCCUGAACCCAUCGGGAAAUGGUGCAACGUGCAGAACGACAGCGACAACGUCUACCAGGAGCUGAGUUCGUCUCAGAAGAGCGGAGGAAACCUGCUGCACAUGCUGUAUGACAAGCCCAGCCGCUGGUCCUACACCUUCCAGAGUUAUGCGUGUCUCAGCAGAGUUCGGUCUCAGCUUCAGUCUCCGUCAGUCAAACUGCAGCAGGCGGAAAACCCCGUCCAGUUCUUCGAACGCUCCGUCUACUCAGACAGAUACGUGUUUGCGUCCAACCUGUUUGAGUGCGGUAACCUGACGGAGACGGAGUGGAGUGUUUAUCAGGACUGGCACACCUGGUUACUGACCGAGUUUGAACCGGACAUCGCCCUGGACGCCAUCAUCUACCUGAGAGCUCAGCCGCAGCGCUGUAUGCAGCGUCUCCUCCAUCGGGGGCGGGAGGAAGAGCAGGGAGUUCCUCUGGAGUAUCUGGAGCAGCUUCACUUCAAACACGAGGCGUGGCUCGUCAACAGGAACCUCAGGUUGGACUUUGAGUACCUUAACGAUCUUCCUGUUCUGGUUCUGGACGUUGAUGACGACUUCAAGAACGACCGAAUCAAACAGGAAGCCAUCCUCGACAAGGUUCGAGAGUUUCUCUCCACGCUGUAGAACGUCCUCCACCGAUCACAGCUCGACUCGUCUGAUUGGACACUCCGGUUCCUGCUGGAAAUGUUUUUGAUCAAUUUCUAUUUUUUGAGUUUGAACUCUGACGAAUCAAUUUGCUAGAACUGACGAGUCAUUAUCUAGUUAGAACUGACGAGUCGUCGUUUAGUUUUUGUCACCUCGGCUGCAGUUUUCAAUGUUUUUACACUUUAUAUGUAUUUUAUAUUUUUGUUGCUAAAUGAGAAAAAGUUCUCUGCAGUCAGUGAAUGCAGAGUGUGUGUGUGUGUGUGUGUGUGUGUGUGUGUGUGUGAGUUAAUAUUUAUCCGUGGGUCUGACUCGAGUCAUCCGCUGUAAGAUCAGAGCUCGUCUGUGCAUCAGUGAACGCACCGUGAUGCCUUCAGAUGUUUUUCCUGAAUAAAGACCCUCAGACUGA